AUGGCUGCUACCAAACCAGGUUUUGUGGUUAGAUUCACUGUGAUGCUCAUGCUCAUGGUAGCUUGUUCCACAGUGACAGCUCGAUCUCUCAUGAAACAAACCGUGGGUGCACCUUCUCCUUCCACAAGCCUUGUCUACCGUCUUAGGCUUGAUGAAGAAACAGGUUACUGCUGGGAUUCAUUGAUGCAGCUCCAACACUGCUCUGGAGAGCUGAUUUUGUUCUUCCUCAACGGUGAGACUUACAUUGGCCCUGGGUGUUGCAGUGCUAUAAGAACCGUGGGACGCAAGUGUUGGCCUACUAUGAUUGGUGUUCUCGGUUUCACUGCUCAAGAAGGUGACAUGCUCCAAGGUUACUGUGACGGUGAACAUGAUGAACAUGCUCCUCCUUCCGUAGAUGCGACGGUUGCUAUAUCUUCUAACCAUUGA